CGCUCCCCGCCAGGAUGACGGUGGUGCCCGCGGACAACGUGGACGAGAGCGCCACCUUGCCGGGUCACCCGCAGGACGACGAGCGCGACGGGCACGAGUGCUGCGAGCGCGUGGUCAUCAACGUGUCGGGGCUUCGCUUCGAGACGCAGCUGAAGACCUUGGCGCACUUCCCCGACACGCUCCUGGGCGACCCCAAGAAGAGGAUGCGCUACUUCGACCCGCUGCGCAACGAGUACUUCUUCGACCGCAACCGGCCCAGCUUCGACGCCAUCCUCUACUACUACCAGUCGGGCGGCCGGCUGAGGCGGCCCGUCAACGUCCCGCUGGACAUGUUCUCCGAGGAGAUCGGGUUUUACGAACUGGGCGCCGAGGCCGUGGAGAAGUUCCGCGAGGACGAGGGCUUCGUCCGCGAGGAGGAGCGCCCGCUGCCGGACAAGGAGUUCCAGCGGCAAAUCUGGCUCCUCUUCGAGCACCCGGAGAGCUCGGGCCCGGCGCGGGGCAUCGCCAUCGUGUCGGUGGCGGUCAUCCUCAUCUCCAUCGUCAUCUUCUGCCUGGAGACGCUGCCCGAGCUGAAGGAGGACGCGGGCGAGCGGCGGCGGGCGGCGGCGGCCGCCGGCAACGGCACGGCCGCCCGACGCGCCGACAUCCUGGCCGACCCCUUCUUCGCGGUGGAGACCCUGUGCAUCGUCUGGUUCUCCUUCGAGCUCCUGGUGCGCUUCUUCGCGUGUCCCAGCAAGAUGGCCUUCUUCCGAAACAUGAUGAACUCCAUCGACGUGGUGGCCAUCAUCCCGUACUUCAUCACGCUGGGGACCGAGCUGGCCGACGACCCGGAUGGCGGCGGCGGCGGCGGCGAGCAGGCCACGUCGCUGGCCAUCCUUCGCGUCAUCCGUCUGGUGCGCGUCUUCCGCAUCUUCAAGCUGUCGCGCCACUCCAAGGGUCUGCAGAUCCUGGGGCAGACGCUGAAGGCCAGCAUGCGCGAGCUGGGCCUGCUCAUCUUCUUCCUCUUCAUCGGCGUCAUCCUCUUCUCCAGCGCCGUCUACUUCGCCGAAGCCGAGGAGAAAGAGUCGUACUUCACCAGCAUCCCCGACGCCUUUUGGUGGGCCGUGGUGUCCAUGACCACGGUGGGCUACGGCGACAUGUACCCGGUCACCGUCGGCGGCAAGAUCGUGGGCUCGCUGUGCGCCAUCGCCGGCGUGCUGACCAUCGCGCUGCCCGUGCCCGUCAUCGUGUCCAACUUCAACUACUUCUACCACCGCGAGACGGACGGCGAGGAGCAGGCGCAGCUGCUGCGGGUCAGCCGGCAGAACUUGGCGCCCGGGCGCCACGCCGAGUGCGAGCGGGCGGAAGGCGACGAGCUUCGGACCGGCAACUGCACGGCGCCCGCGCCGGGCGGCGACCGCGUCGGCGCCGCCGAGAUGCCGACGGACGUGUGAGGCGGCGACCCCGACGCGGACCGUUUUGCUCUUUCUCGGGGAGAAGGUUCUGGAUGUUCCGCGGCCGCUGUCGUCGCGGCGACGAGCGGCUCGAGGCUGCGCAAACUUUGCAUUGGAGUUUGAAAACGGACGCAUUCCGAGACAAAAAGUCACGCCCCCGAAAAAAGAACCAAGAAAAAGAAGUUCAAUGUGCAAAUAUGUCGUGUCAAAUAGUCCCUUCCAAUCUUCGGCUCGUUAUUAUUUGGAAUACAUUUGUGAUGGAUUGGCCAUUUAACAAAAGAAAGACCUUUCAAAUGGUUGAUUUGGCAUGAGAAAAUGAUCAUCAAUCCAUCGUUUGUUUUAAUCAUCAAAUAAACAUUCUUAUUUCUUUAUUUAGAGUUCAUGUAAAUGUAAUACAUUAAAAUCCAAAAUGGUUACCAAAAUGGAAAUGAAAAAUUCUGAAUACGCAAAAUGUAUUUUGAUAAAAUAAUUCAUUCUCAUUUUCUAUUUUGAUUGACGAGGCAAUUAUUUUGAGAAAAGAUAUGCAAAAUUGUUAAAUGUGGAAAUAAGAUUUUAUUUUUCUAGUAUUUUUGGUAAUUCACAAUGAUUUGAGAUGAAUGAAUGAGAAUAAAGAUGUAAAAUAUGACUUAUUUUGAUCAUAAAAUAAUGAGUUCAUUCUUGUUUUUGUCAUUAAUUCGAAUGACCAACGAUUCAAUAAAAUAAAUCGGUUUUCCGAGCGGCGUCUUCUCCCGACAGGUGGGGGGCGUGCCGGCCAAUCGCAGCGUUCGAUUCAAAAAUGGCAACGAUAUGUCUGCCUCGCGUCACUUUUGAGGAAAGCAAAACAAGCUGAGCGUCGUCGGCAAAGACAGAGAGCCAUUUUCAACAUCAUAUGAAAAUUGAAUGAACAGACCCAAUCGUGUCGAGUUCUGGAAAAAUAGAAAAUGGACCAAGUUUGGACAUCGGAGGUUUCGGCCCGACGCCGCCGCACAUGUCAAAUUGUGUCCCGUGUGUGUUAAUCUUGACCGUAAAUCGAUUCAAGAAUGAACUCGAUUUGAACCGAACAACUCGAGGGAACAAAUCCGCAAAUAGAAAGUGAGCUCGCUCCUCGUAUUCCCGCUCCGGCCACGAGGGGGCGGCGUGUUCCAAAACGCUGUUCAGUGUUGACCUCACCACGGCAGCCAUCUGUUUUGUCAUCGUGUCGCCGUCGGAGACGUUAGCCGCCGCGAGCGCCCGUUUGUAAAGAACGCAAAGUGUUAUUUGUCAAGCAACAAAGUCGAAGACGACGAGGAGGCGAGACCAGGAAGAAGGAGGUGUGCCAAAUGAAAGGGAAACUAGGAAGAGAAGGCAUGUGAAGGAAAGUCAACAAGGGUGAGCUUUAUUUCCAUGAAGUGAGUAUCACUUUGCCUCUCGUUCAUAUAUUGGGCCGCUCGCUGACAUGCUAAUGAGCUAACAGCAUCAGACAUUAGCAUUAGCCAAUUAGAAGCAGAGGGACAGCAGAGCUCAGGAGGCACGCGACUGGAUCGAGACGAAUCACACGUCGCAGGCGCCGCCAUUUUGGACGUGGAAAAGCGGACCAAUACACCCAAAUUCCAAAAUGGAAUAGAUUCCUUUCUUCCUGUCUUACUCUACACACACACCCCAUAAUGAGAACACGUAAAGCGUUUUUUAAAAAAGUAUAUAUAUUUGAAAUGUAUUACAAAUGGGAAAACUCAGCGUGUCACGUGCUGGUCUCGCGUCCAAUCAGUAGCAAGCUAGCUUUUUCUGUCGGUUUACGUCUGAACAGAGCGACCACCAGUAACCAUGGGAACUGGAGCCACUACUCGAGUAACGUGAAAUUCUUGACUCGAUGAAUGAACGAUUUCCUCCAAUUAUUGAUCAUUAAAUCCUUUCCACUAUUAAAGAUUUUCAGUCAUUAUUGAUCCUGUAGUAUCCAUGAAUGUCCACUAAGCAGCAGUAGAGAGGCCAAGGUGCUCAUAUUUGGGACUGCCGCCCUCUUGCGGACGCUUUAAGCUGUUGCAGCAUUUCGAAAGGUGGAAGCAGCGUUGAGGUCGUCUGCCUCACACUUCUGAUGGGUGGGGUUCGAAUCUCGCCUCUGUCCUGAUGUGGAGUUAAGAUCUGGCCACAACAUAUCUACCUUUCUGUCGAUCUGCCAUCAGUCUGUCGAGGUAGCUUUUUUAAAUACUUAUUAUUCCAGUUACAGGAAAGAGAUUUUGAAUGACUACAUUUGGAUUUGUGACAUCUUAAAAGAAUAUUAAAUUCAUAAUAAAGACUUAUUUAGUCUUGUUGCUGUCAUUGAAGAAACCAAACAAUACAUUUUUUUCCAAAAAAGUCAGUCAGUAUUAUCAAAAAUCAACCGAUACAUCUUUCCAGAAUUUGUUAGGAUAGGGACAUUGCCAGAAUAGGUGUUCCAGUGUUUCAGGGGACAUUUAAUAAAAACGAACAAUCAACACAAAUGUCUUUCUUAGGUUGAAUUUGUUCCGAAAUGCCGAGUAAUUUAAGAGCUGUACAAUAGCGUCGAUUGAUCAGAAUCAGAAUCAUGUUAUUUUUAAACCAGUUUGGGUGGAAUAAGGAUUGCUUUUUAAAUAUGUCAGCUAUUCCAAAUGAAACAUGAACAGAGGGUGGAUUCUGCUGAUAAAUUAAAGACCAAGCUUAAAGCAUUUGUAUGCGGGAGUUGGAUCGGGAUAGGACGAUGACGGAUACAAGCGACCGAAAUGAGCGAACGGCUCUACGGGUGAGAAGCUCGCUCGUCCGGGAGAUGCGGCUCCUCCGCUCGGGCAUCGGAGGUUGGGUGCCCCCUGGACGCCUCAUCCCAACCCUCCCUGGUGAGGCGU